AAAGAAUUGUUCUAGGUUUUCAAGCAAGAUGGCUAAAGCCUCCCUUGGGUCUAGGAAAAGAACAUUUGUGUUAAGAUCCUGUAGUGCUAGAGUUCUUCGGUCAAGGCCCUAUGGAGCCUCCAAAGCUCCUGAUCAUCCUGUUCUAGCAGACAAGUCCGUUAAUGUUACUGCUGGGAGGAAGAAGAAAGAAAAAAGGGAAAAAACAAGUAGAAAAUUGAAUGAUGAAUUCUCAAGAAUUAGGAAACGCUUAAGAUACUUGUUGUCUCGAAUGAGCUAUGAGCAAAGCCUGAUUGAUGCUUAUUCUGGUGAAGGUUGGAAAGGACAAAGUUCAGAAAAAAUUAAGCCAGAGAAGGAGCUGCAGCGUGCAUCAACCGAAAUUUUACGUUGCAAACAGGAAAUACGCAGUUUAUUUCAACAUAUUGAUUCUUCCUGUGCUGAGGGAAGGCUUCAGGAAUCCUUAUUUGAUUCGGAUGGACAAAUCUACAGUGAGGAUAUAUUUUGUGCCAAAUGUGGGUCCAAAGACUUGACUUCUGCAAAUGAUAUUAUACUCUGUGAUGGAAUGUGUUACCGUGGGUUUCACCAGAUGUGUUUGGAUCCUCCACUGUUAAAAGAUGAAAUUCCACCUGGAGACGAGAGUUGGUUGUGCCCUGGAUGUGAUUGCAAAGUAGAUAACAUCAACUUACUUAAUGAAUCCCUAGGAACGGAUCUCUCUACUAAUGAUCACUGGGAGAAGGUUUUUCCUGAGGCAGCUGCUACCGCAGCUAGAGAUGAGCAAGAUGGUGACUUAGGGCUGCCAUCAGAUGACUCUGAAGAUGAUGACUACGACCCUGAUGGUCCACAAGAUGAUGGGAAAGCCCAGACAGAAGACUCAACUUUCGAGGAAUCUGACUUCACUUCUGCAUCUGAAGACUCGAGGGCUGUAUCCAAUGAUGACCUUUAUGUGGGACUUCUUUCUGAUGAUGCAGAAGAUAAUGAUUAUGAUCCUAAUGCUGUAGAUCAUGAUGAACUGAUUAAGAAGGAAUCCUCAAGUUCUGAUUUUACUUCCGACUCUGAGGAUAUCAGUGCUUCAGGAGAUGAUAGCAAGUCUUUUGAUGGUGUUGAAGUUCCUGAAUCAUUGUCAAUGGAUGAUGCCAAAUCCAUCAGAGGUUCAGUUGAGAGAUCCACAACGAUUAGAAAGAAAAACCAAUCAGUAAAUUCUGAGCUUCGGUCCCUACUGGAUGUGGAUCCAAAUGCCACACUUGUAUCGGGGAAAAGGAAUGUUGAGAGGUUGGACUACAAGAAGCUGCAUGAUGAAACAUAUGGAAAUGUUCCUUCUGAUUCAAGUGAUGAUGAAGAUUGGACUGACGGAAGUGCAUCAAGAAAAGGGAAGAGCAAUUUUGCGGGGAACUGUACCAUGUCAACAAAAGGAAAUUCUUUAACCACAAUGAAUGGGACAAAUAAAGAUAUAAAGCGAAGCUCAAGAGAUACUGAAAUUACUCCAGAAAGAAAAACUCGCCAAAAGCUCGACAUUGAAGGUGCAAACAAAUUAGUGCGCUGUAAACAGAAAGAUGGUUCAGAGCCUUGCUCUUCUGAGAAAUUGGCUACUGCAUCGCCAUCAAGAAGUCUCGGAAAAGCUGCAACUCAGAGGCUGUCUGAAUCAUUGAGGGAAAACCAGUAUCCUGAUCGAUCAACAAAAGAGAAAUUGGUGAAAGAACUGGGAAUCACGCUUCGACAGGUUAGCAAAUGGUUUGAGAAUGCACGUAGAAGCUUGCGCUUAUCAGCAAAUGUUGGAGUCAGCAAAGCUGAUACCAUUCCCCCAAACAAGGAGAGCAUAGACCCUGAACCUGAUAAAGAUGCUGCAAACAGUGUUAGUGGAGAUAAAAGAUUAAGUAAAACAGGUUCUUCUGAGGUCAUUGGUACAGAAUGUUGCAGCAAGAAUGAGGAGAGGAUGAAAUCUGUGACUGAGGAAAGCAGUCAAAGGAAAUCAGCUACAUCAAAGUCCAGGAAGAGGAGUCUGAAGGACGAUGAAGAAUCAGAUGAGAUGAGUAAUAUGGAGAUUACCAAAGAGGGGUACUCAAACAGACUCGACAAAUGACCGGACUCUAAAACAAGUAGUGAUGCAGUCUCCGAUCAAGACUAGAAGUAGAAAAUCUGCUGCAUGGCUUCCCAAGAAACCAAAACCUCUUUCUGGAAAAAGGGGGGGGGAGGGGGGCGGUGUUGCAUGAAGAGUUGGGGGAACAGAUAGCCCUCGGAGAACUAGCUGUUGCCCCGUAUCAUCAUGAUGGGGAUUUACCUCCUUGGGAGCAGUUUCUUUG